AUGACGGGGUUCCGGUUGGGUAGCAACAACAAGAAGGAGAAGCUUUCUCCGCAGGGAAAGCCUACCGCUCUUGUCGAUGAGGUUCGUUCACUUCGUCUCAAAGAACCUCGCUGGCUCAAAUUAUUCUGUUAACGAUAAAAAGAAAAGAAGAACAAUUCAUUUGAAAAUGAACUCCUUGUUAGAAAUAGACAACAGAUUAUUCUCGAAAAGAGGCUUGAAAAAAGGAAACUAUUUCUAUGUAGUCGAAUGGCACUAUUUAUUUUCGUGAAAUGUUUCGUAUUUUGAAAUUAUUUUUUGCCCAUCCGUUUUGUUUGUUAAACUAACCAAGCGAAAAUGCCUUUAUUCGUCAAAGAUGAAAUGACCGGGAGGAAAAUGAAGAUGCAGGUGAGCGAGCCGAAGGGCUUCGGCAUCCGCAACUACCUGCAUCAGUUCUAUGUCACGCCCACCACCGAAGACGUCGAGCAAAACGGAACCUGGUUGGUGGAGUUGAGAAGACGUGAGACGGAGAUGAUCAGGUACCUGUUGCCGCCGCCGCCAGCACAACGUCGAGGGCUGUUCGUGUGCCGCGUCUGCACGGUGGUCGGCCUUCUGUUGUUGAUGAGUGGAGCCGUCGCGAUCGUCGUCGGCUACACAUGGCCCCACGAGGAGAUCGAGCAGACCAUCUCCAAGUUCAUCAUCUUCCAGGUUCGUAGCCAUCAGGGAUGAGCGUCAGUCAACUUUUUGAGUGAGAGAGUUCGAAGACAUUCAAGUUGUAAAAACUUGAAUGAUCUCUCGAAAUGAUUCAUCAUUUUCAUUUAUUCCCUCAUCUUUAAGUUUCAGUUUCUUCCGUUUUCUAUUUAGCGAUAGAACUGGUAACUAAAGAAGUUUUGCAAAUUUUAAAAAAUGAUACGAAAAUUGCAGAUAGCUUCUUAAAAUCUGUUUCUCAAGUACUUCUACAGGGUGGCUCAAAAUUACCCGCACAAGCUAUAAGUGCUAUAUAAAAAAAACUAAAAGUCAGAAAACCAUGGGAAUCAACAAAAAGUUUAUUCAUGAUCAUAACAACAAUUAUAAGCUAAUCCUGUUCCAUUUGACUUCCUCUCUUUGCGAUGACAGCACGAAGACGCCGAGGGUACGCGACGAUGGUUGCACGCAGGUAAUCUGGCGACAAAGUGUCUCAUUCCUAGACCAGGGUCUUCUUCAGGGCCUCGAUACUCGAGUGGGGUUUGACGUUGACCUUGUUUUGCAAAACCCCAGAAGGAGUAGUCCAAAGGUUUGAGGUCUGGUGAAAACGGUGGCCGUUAGUCCUUCGGGAUGAACGCAGGCAAAUGGGUCUCGGACCACUGUUGCGACAACUUGGCUGCGUGUGCUGGAGCACCGUCUUCUUGGAGCAUCCAGUGACGUCUAUUGAAGUCCUUCUGAGUCCAGGGAAGAAGUGUCUUCUCCAAAAUCUCCGAAAUGUAGACUUCCUUGUUGAUUUUUACUUCUUGAUCGACAAAUAGCAAUGGUGUCUUGCGAUCAGCAGACUCUGCUCCGAAAACCAUCACACUAGCGGGGUGAGACAACGGAAGGACCAUUCAUCGAGCGAUGAAUGGUCCUUCCGUUGCCAAAAGCUUCGUCAGACGUCUUAGCAAGUACUCGAUGAUUUUGAGGGUUGAAUUCGGCCUGUACCCUGAUCAGCUUCUCGUCAGAGAACACUGUAACCAAGUGUCCUUCAGCGCACGCGCUGAAGGAGCUUUAUUGAUCUUUCGAGCCGUUUCUUGGUUGUAGCUUCCGAGAGAAUGGCUGCUUUUCUUACAUGGUAACAGAUGAGCUUCAGCUUGUCUUUGAGGAUCCUUUCCAUCAAACUUCGACUAAUUUUCAUAUCUUUCGCCAUCUUUCUGAUGCUCCGGAGUGGAUUUCUUCUGGUUCUCUCUUUCUCAGCUUUGAUCCGAUCUGGAGUGACGACUGUUGCUUUUCUUGCUCUCUCACAUCUAUCCAAGAACUUGCUGAGCUUUUGGAAACGAAAAAUCAAGUCAUAGACGGUUCUACUUGGGACUGCGAGCCGUUUAAUGAUGUCAACCGGAGCGAAUCUUGCUUUGAAAAGGUGCAGAAUCGAAGAGCGAUGUGGAUUUAGUGGUGCCAUUUACCGAAAACAGAACCGAUUGAUCUGAAUUUUGGCAAAAUAGUAAAAAACAUACAAUUAAUCAAAAUUUUAUGUAUUACGAGCAACAGAAUUGCGUUUUCGCCUUGCUGUAUAGCGUCAAACUUUUGUGCGGGUAAUUUUGAGCCACCCUGUAAUUAUAUUUGCAUUUUAACUAAAAUCUUGGGUAGUCUGGACUGUUAAUUGUUGUUUCGAACUUCAAGUACUAAGUUAUUCUUAUUAAAAGUGACCACCGUAUUCUUUCUUUUUCGAACUUAAAUUCUUUGUUGCAAAUGUAAGGUCCUGAAAUUUUUUUGUAAAUUCUUGAAAGUCUGAGAACAUUAUAGCAGCCUUUCUGAAAAUUUUUGGAACUUGUAAUGUUGAGUUGGAAAAAGAGUUUUGGAGAAAGUCCAUAUCAAUCUCAAUUUAUUUAGUCUUCAGAGUAAGAUGUAGAAAAAAUCUCUGCUGAAUCAUGGUAUAAUCGAAGAGUUAGUCUCGGCGCGGGUUACGGUCCACAAUCUUUGUCCAAUAAGUCCCGGAGUGACAGCUAGCGUUGGGGAAUAAUGUGGGCCCGUUGGUAGUACCAGCGAAUAAACUGCUUCACCAUGUUGGAACAGUACAGCGUCCAGCUUGUCCAGGGCCGACGGGCACCAGAAUAUUAUCCCAUGAGUGAGUGGCAAUGAGACCGACUAGACGACGGGAUGAAAUGAGAUAAAAGUCCAUAUCAGUUGUUGAUAAUUUCGCACUUUUUUGAUCUCUGCCUUGUUAUAGGACGAACAAGGAGGACUCUACAUGCCAACGGAUAAACUUAAACUGAUGCUCCAAGACCCGAUGCGCUACUGGAAAACUUCAGGUUUGCCGGAAACCUAAUGCGCGGCUCGUUUAGAUAUCCACAAAAUUACACUCUAACAAACUUCUUUCUAGAGUUUCAAAAGCAUUUUGGAGAGAGGUGAAUCAUUGAUGAGAUGUUGCUGGAGCGCAAUUGUAGGGUUUAAAAUGUCCUGGAUGAUUAUACAUUUUUUCGAAGAGCAAGGCUUCUUUUCGAGUGGGAUUGAAAACCGUGAAGAAGCAAUCUCCCUCGGAAGGUCUUGAAGGCAUAAUUGAAAUGUAUUUUUUUCACACUUUAAUGAACAUUUUCAAGUUUAAAACUGUUUAUCUUACCAAUGUGAGCCGAUAAUUGACCAAUGUGAGCCGAUAAUCGACGAGUGAGCCGAUAAUUGAAAACAGAGUUGUCCUUACUUAUUUCCCUUAACAUCUCAAAAUUCAAAAGCUCCAUAUAACUCAGAUAACAGAAAAUUUUUGCACUCGACUAAACCUCAACCAGAAUUUUUUUUUUUGCUAUCAUCAAGGGAAAAAAGACUUACACCUAUUAUGAUUAAUUCCGUUCCUAGAUUUCUCUACUUUCUUUUUCCUUGUUAGCAGAGUUGAGAGACUCUCCGAACGAAAAGACAAAUUUGUAGGAUUCUGUCUGUUCGCGUCGGGAGCCGUGCUUCUGGCCAUCUCUCUGAUGAUUCCUACCCUGGCCGCCUGCAUCGGAACCCAACGCUUCGCCGCCUUCGCCAGCAACGACAACUCUCCGAAUGAGCCGCCAGUCCGUAUCUUCCCACAUAACACUGGUCCCGCCCCCUCGAGGUUAGAACUUUCUUCUCACUGGUAUUCUAGAUAUUCCAUUUCGCAGCGGACCUGUGCCGGUGAUGGAAGAGAUCGCCAAGGUGCAGCCUGCGGAAGGGAAGAUGGCGUCGCCCUCCAGCCUGCUCGAUCAAGAAGUCCACUGAAGCACGCGUUAAUCCAUACAAGGUUUCUUUAUCACUAUUUUCCUCCCUGACACGUUUCGAGGCAUCAAAAAACCAUGGUCUUUCAGAACAUCAAGGCAGUCUGCACGAGAUAUCCCAACACUGUUACGCUUGCUACUCGGCUACCGCCUGCGGCACGUUGCCGCGGGUGUUUUCGCUUCAGUAACGCCCGAAAAACUAUUCAUAUUAUUAUUAAAAAAUCAAAGCGCAAGAAAAAUGUUGAAGACAUUGAAAAAUUUUGAUGAGACACGAGAAUGAAAAAAGGACAGAGUGGUGAGGGAAACUUUUUACAAGACCUAAAAAAGAAACUGAAGAGAUUUUUCCGUAUGAAGAAAAAUCCAAAUGUUUGGUCUAUCAAUAAGGUUCUACUUUUCGUAACUUCAACCAGGGGAUAUGUUCAUAUUAAGGGAAUUAAAAAAAAAAGAAUGUUAGAAUAUUCAAGUAAGUUAGGUUAAUCAAAUAUAUCAACAAUCUAAAUUUUCCUUUUUCUUCAAAUUGAGAUAUACUCAACUCUAAUUACAGAUACAAAAAAAGAGUUGAGUCAAUAAUUUUUUGUAUUUUGGUUUAAAGUCUUCAUAUCAAGAUUCAUUUUGCUUGAAAAUACGCUUACAAAGUAAGAAAUUAUAAAAAAAAUGUAAUUGACAUGAGAGAAAAAAAAGCACAUGAGAGCACACAUAACAAGAAUAACAUAUGCGACGUUGAUAGAUCAAAUGGAAUUUUCCAGCACUGUUUUGCAGUAAAUCGAAUUGCUAUACAAUCAACAAACAAACAUGAGUAUUGAAAUUUUAAAUACAUGGUGUGACGAUUUCAAAGAUUAGAGUGGAAAAUGAAACUUCUCAUUGGAAAAACAAAAAGGACAAUUCAUCUUAAAUAAUUUAGGGCGGCCGGAUUGAAACAUGAUUCAAUUAAAGGUAGAAUCUCAUCCAUAAAAGGCCAGCGACGAGUUGGUCGACGGGCGGCGCGACGGAUGGGGCUUUCGCGAGGCAGCAACUCGUUGCGCCUAG